UUUACGCGCAGCUGCUUUCGCUCAGUUGCUUCCACUCGGCUAGCAGCAGAGACAGUAUCUCCAGGUCCCGUCUCGUCCCAGCUUAGGGUACCCCAGCCGGGGCAUGUCCCGCCAUGUUCGACCUGAAGGCCGGCUGGAACCUGUCCUUUGCCGGGUGCGGCUUCUUGGGGAUCUACCACAUCGGAGUGGCCAGCUGCCUGCUGGAGAAAGCCCCGUACCUUGUGAAAGGAGCCACCCGGCUGUACGGGGCCUCUGCCGGGGCGCUCACCGCCUCGGUACUCGCAAGCCAAGCAUGCAUAGCGAAAUGCUGUGAGGACGUCAUCGAGGUGGCAAAGGAAGCCAGGAAGAGAAACCUGGGCCCACUCCACCCAACCUUCAACCUGGUGAAGGUCCUGAGGUCCGGCCUGAACCGGGACCUGCCCUCUGAUGCUCACGUCCUGGCCUCUGGCAGGCUCUGCGUCUCUCUGACCAGAGUAUCAGACGGAGAGAAUGUGCUGGUGUCAGAGUUCAGUUCCAAAGAGGAGCUCAUUCAGGCUCUGGUCUGCAGCUGUUUCAUCCCCAUCUACUGUGGACUGAUUCCGCCAUCCUUCAAAGGAGUGCGGUAUGUGGACGGUGGAAUUAGUGAUAACCUGCCUCAGUCGGAGCUGAAGAACACCAUCACUAUCUCACCCUUCUCUGGUGAAAGCGACAUCUGCCCUCGGGAUAAUUCCACCAGCUUCCAUGAGCUCCGCUUCACUAACACCAGUAUCCAGAUGAACAUGGGGAACCUGUACCGCCUCAGCAGAGCUCUGUUUCCCCCUGAGCCCAAGGUUCUGGCUGACAUGUGUCAGAGCGGCUAUAAGGAUGCUCUGCGCUUCCUUCAGGAGAACAACCUGCUAAUGCUACACUGCCCCAGUCGCAGCCUGCCAGACAGCUCUGGAAUCGCCCCCGGCUCUGGCCCCGGCUCCAGCAGCUGCUGCUCCAAGCCUGCUGAGAGCACCAAGGAGUGGGUGCUGCGUAGACUCCGCCUGCUGCACAACAAGCACUGGUGGCUGGAUGAACACAUUGUUCUGCCCACUCACAUAAAGAAAGUGUUCUGUGAGGCCUGCCAAGACAAAUCGGGCCUUUAUGCCAGAGUGUCUGGCAUGCUGCCACUGAGAGUUGCUUCCUAUAUGCUGAUGCCAUACACACUUCCAGUCCAGUCAGCGUAUUCUGUGGCCCAGAGGUUUGUGGAGUGGAUCCCAGAGGUUCCUGCUGACGUGCGCUGGCUGUUUGGGGUGGCAGGUGACGUGUACAGACAGGCCUGGAAACCCAACGCAGCUGCUGCCAAUAGUGAGCGCUGCCUGAGGAAAUGCUUGAGCGUCCCGCCGCUCCCUUCAGAGCCUGAGAGUCCCACACAGGCUAUUGUCCCUGCUCUUUCUUCCUUUGACCUCCAUAGCAACUACUGGGACAUCCCAUCAUCUACCUCCUCCUCCCUCCCUGCCCCCACCUCCCCACAGCAAGUCUGCUUCUUUGUUGGCUCACAGGAUGAGGCUCAGAGCCCUGAACCGCUGUGAAAACCUGGCCUUUGACUGGACUACAUUCUGCUCCCUCUGGGUGGAGGGAAGGUGGAGUGAGCCUCAUGAGGACUUGGCCCCUCCCACUAGGGAGCAGAGAUGUGCUUCAAGGCAGAUGAAUGUAACUCUACCUGUUAGCUGUAAAUUUGCACAUAUGUAUUUAUUCCAAAGCAUUUAUCUCGAUUCAUAUUUUAUUUUUCUGUCCAUUAACCAAUUUUUCUCUACAUCAACACAUUGGAGUUUCACUGUGAUGGGUCUUCAGUAAGUGACUUUAGAAGUAUUUCAUGUAAGUUUUGGAGGUGAUGGAAAGUCAGUUCUUUGAAAAACUGAUGGUCAAUUUGUUUGAAGUCUUUAAAAAUGUGGAAAAUAUGGAGUUUGCUUUCAGUGUUUUUAAAAGUUUUAAUAUGUAUGGAAAAAGAUACAGUUUCUGAACUGUAUUUAAAGACAAAAAAAAUCUGGACUUCCAAAAUUAAAUGCUUUUAUAUUUACUUUUAAAAUAUAAAAACAGUCUUGUUUUCCAUUGUAAAACUGUUUUUGCUCAAUAAUUCAAACCAUACCAUACAUUGCCUAUUUUAUUUAAAUUUGAAAAGUGACUGCUGAAGUGUGUGGUCAGAAAGAUUGGAAUUGUUUAUCUAAACUUUAUUUAGUUAUCUAAUUCAACCUUAACCAUUUCCAUCUAGCCAACAGUAAUGCAUACUAAUAAAAACACUAUUUCAAUCAGUUCAGGGUGUUUUGUUAUGAGCUGCAGAUCAGAUGAUGACUCAUGAGUAAUAAUUUGGGGUUUCAUAAAUAAUUAGUAAAGUUGAUGCAUCUCAUUAGUUCCUGGAAUCCUGGCCUUUCUGUCCCCGAUUACAUUCGCAGCCUUACAACAGAAUAACACUGUACCAAUAGACACACAAACAAUUAAUGGGCUUCCAAAAGAUCUUGAUUACAUAAUAAUAUGGAGUUAAAUAAUGUUGCCUUCAUGAUUUUGCAGCUGCAUGCCAUGCUGUAAUAUCAGCAACAUGUCCAUGCAACAGUCAUGUUGCAGUACAGUGAGAAUGGUUUUAAGGUCUAAAAUAUGGACGGGGCUAAACAUCUUCAUAAAUUGUUUCAUUUGCUUCUCCUUUUCAAUCUAACAAUAUACCAGUCAGUUUGUUGCUUUAUUUUCACUUAAUCUGCCUAUUAAAACUGCAAUACUGUCGUCUUAGGAGUUUGAAUUGAUUGCAUGGCUUAUUUGAAAUAAUUACAAAUAUUUUUUUCUUCCAUUCUGAUUAACUGGGAUGUUCUCUGAAGAUUUGUUCCACAACCAGUUCUAGAGCCGUUUGAUUUUCCCAUCUCUACAUCAGUUCAGAUGUGACUAAAGUUCAAUAAAUUCUACAUCAACUGUAAUCUUAAAUAACUUCAGUUCAAUUUAAAAAUACUUUUUAUUCCUAAAAGGGAAAUUAAAUGUUGUAUGAUGUGACUUUUACAGACAGGUAGAUGGAAGGAAAGAUGGAGGAGCAAUAGAGCAGGAUGGACAAUCAGCAAGGUCAGACAUAUUAUUCUUUAGGAAAGAAACGGCUGCUCCAACCAGGUGCUGCCUUCUGUGGGGUUAACAUAGAAAUGACCAAAAGUUUUACUGCCCUCAUUCCAGGACACCACAUUUUCAAGCUUGUGUGUAUUUGGAGAUAUCUAAUAUGAUGUUACCAAUAACUUCAACCAGACUUUUGAGAGAAAUUCUGAAUUAAAAUUAAUUUAUGGUUAAUGAUGACAUAUUGCUUGUUCAGCCAUGAUUUUUUUUUCCCUUUAUGUUGUGUGUUCUGUAGUCAUGGUGACUGGUAAGCUUUUUUUCAACAUUCAAAAUAAAGUUUUAUUGUACCA